UGGUAGUCGUCCGCCUCACUCGCGUCCGAGACCAGUGAGUGAUCAUCUUCCAGUGAGUGAUCAUCUUCCAGUGAGUGAUCAUCUUCCAGUGAGUGAUCAUCUUCCCUUCUGAGCCAGCACCGGAGAGUCCGCGUCCACCACGAUGUCGGAGGGACGAAAGUGGUUGAACUUUUUCAUCAAUAUGUUUUUGUUAUUUCUAGGCCUCUGCCUCAUCUUUGGGUUUUUGCGUUACAUCCUGACCCGCUGUAACAAGGUACCGAGUGAACCGAGGACCCGUGCGCCACGUCCGACUUCAAUCCGUUUUCCAGGGUAUGAGGAAAUACCAUUCAACCCCAUCUUCAGAUUUUUCCCCGAUGAAGAAGAGCUACAUACUCCUCCCCCUGAAUUUAGGCUCCAGAUAUCUCCCCCUGAAGCCAGGUAUCAUAGAUUUCAUCCUGCAACUCCACCUUCUCCUAUCAGUCCUAUCUUAAGAGCUGUGCUUGAUGAAGAAGCCUCAAAUACUCCUCCUGAAGCCAGGCGCCUAAGAUAUAAUCUUGCAACUCCACCUUCUACUUCCAGUGGUAACACUAGUCCAAAGAUGAAUGGAACAUUGAACGGUCCAGUGAGGAUACCCCGAUAUAUUCUUCGACCACGAGUCGUGCCUCCUAAUAUUCCACCACGAAAUUUUAUCCCCAUACCUCCUCCCCUCCCGCCACGUACUAAUGCUCCUCGCAAUAUCCUUCGUUCACAUUCUAACUCACCCCCACCUUCUUAUGAAGAAGCCAUCUUGGAUCGACGGUGCACUCUCCCAGCAAAUGUAGCGGCAGUUCCACCCCAGGAAAUUCAAUCUGAUAGUGACAGCUUGGAAUCUUCCACCAAUUCAGGAGAUACUCAUGUUUGUGGUGCCAACUCAUCAUUUUAUGAAAACUCGGUGGAUAACAGGCAUAACAGUAUUUAAUUUGGUUUUUUUACUACAUCUGUUUUGAACUUUUGAUCAUACAGUUGAUUUAAAAAAAAGUUUAGUUUAUCGUCUCAACUUGUCAAUAUGUUACCUAAGAUUGUUUAUAAAUAUUCUCGAUAAGCGUAAAAUACUGAUUGUAAUAGUAAUACAAUUGGAUAGAUUGUAAUAAGUAUACGAUUUAAAUUCGUGUAAUGUAAGUUGUAGCAAAGGCAUAUCUUUUGGUCUGUAAAAUUAAACUCUUAGAAUAGCUGGAAAUUCUUAACAAGCAAGAGUGUUUGUGUACUUACAUUUUGAACUUAUUUUAUAAGAAAUUUUGACUAACACUGUUGUUUAUUACUUUUGAAAUGUUGUGAAAUGUAGACUUAGCUCUUAAUGUGUUACUAUCAUUCUCAACAGCUGUUUGUAAUAGGCACAUUUUUAUUUGCAUAAAAAGAAAACUGUUUACAAGAUACACUGAUCUUUGUCCAUCCCUGACCAGGGAAAUGGGCUAUUUCAACUAGAUUUUGAGUUAGCUGACUGUCAACAUUUGGAGUUCCAGAUUGGGAAAUUAUUUUAUUUAUAUUUGAUACAAGUAAUAGAAUGUAAGUGAAGUAAUUUUUAAAAUUAUGAAAGACACAGACCUUGGUUUAGGAUUUAUAACUAUGACGUUUCCUGGGGCCAUUGUCUACUUAUAAUCUAUAUUAAUGAUCUUUGAUCUAUGAUAUUAUGACAAUACACACACACAACACAUCUCUGAACUCAAGGGUCUAGAGAUGAGAGCUUGAUGAUUGUGGAAGAGUCCAUCUUACAUGAGGGUUGGGUAGAAAUUUAAUUCUGAUCGGAGAACCUUUCCAAACAUACUUACAAAAUAUUCUGCUGUGCACAAAAGUGUUCUAUAUAAAACACAUGGAAACUUCAAAUUACAUUAAUAUGACAGCUGAGAAUUUUGUUUCUUUUCUUGGUUUACAGACUGUCCCCAAUCCUGAUUGACAAUCUCUGUGUCUUUAAUGAAUUGGUUUAAUUAAACCAACACGUAUCCCCAGAAAAUGGCUAUACAGACGUUGCCCGGCUUAUGUGAAUCCAAGAUUGUUAAUUAUACAUGAUAAAUAGAAAGUGACAUUUUCGUAAAGAACAGGACUAUCCAAAAACUCAACACAAAAUUCAAACAGAUUUUAAAACCAUUAAGACACAGACUAAAGUAGUUUGAAAUGUGCUCAAUGUAUGCAAUCUGCUGAUAAACAUCCAACAGAUUUCACUACUAUGUCAAUUUAAAUCGAAUCGUAAGAGUUAGCCACAAUCAAAAGUUCUUAUUUAGGAAAGAACCUCAGAGAGCCCGUUAUAGAUUUAUUACCGAUUGCAUUUAAUUAAAGAUAGUUGUUUGUUAUAUUUAACAGAAGAGAAAAGUGUUACUAAUAUGUAUUUUAAUAUAUUAAAAUUAUCUGUUGUAUAUGUAUAUGUUAUUGACAAUAAAUGUGU